UACUGUAUAGUAUAUUGUUUACAUAUUUAUAAUAUGAGGAUAAGGCAUUAUCUUUAUCGAUAACGUACGCAUUAUGUGUUAUUGUGUAUUUUCAAUUUUCAAUUAAACGUAAAUGCCAAGUAUAUUAUAUAUUAAAUUAAACUUUGAAUAGUAUUUGCGUUUGGUAUACGCAAAAUAAAAUGGAACUAAAUGAAAAUCUAGGCAAGUUAAACUCUGCUCCAACUAUCCAAGAAAACGAGCUGCUAUCAGAAAUUUUUGAAAAAACUUUACUUGAAAUAUCUAUAAUGGAUUCAAUCUACGGCAGUAGUAUUAUCAGUGAAUAUGUUAAAGACAUUUUCCAAGUAUCGAUUGACGAAUUGCAUAAUUUUGGGACGUUAAAAACGUUACACGCUAUAGUUGACGAAAACGAACAACAGAAAAAACUAAGAUUUCGGUUACAAAAAGACGAACGGGAACCAAGCAAUGACGAACAAUUUAUAGAAGAAUAUGAAUCGUUGGAAAAAAAAAUACAAAAGUUCAAACAGAAAGAAGAAGAAAUUGAUGCGAUUAUCGAGAAGUGUACGGCAGAUGGUGAACAUAAAGCGAUACGAAGAGAAACAGAAAAAAACUAUGUAGACAAAUGGGAAAAGUCUAGAGUGGAAAAUUUUAAAUUUAAAUUUAAAUCUGAAGAACUAGAAUUACAAAAAUAUAUCAUAGAGUUACAAGCCAAAAUGAAAACAGAUCAAGUCGUAGACAAAGAGAACGAACAAUAUUUAGAUUAUAGCAUAAAGGAAUUAGAAGAACAAAUUGAGUAUUGGGAAUGUAAAUAUAAAACUGAUAAUAAGGAAAUUGACGAAAAACUAGAAAACCUUAUUGUAACACUGGAGGAAAAAACCAAAGAAAUAGAAUGUUUAAAAAAAACAUUUAACGAGAGAAAAAUUAUUAUUGAGGAACAUGCCGAAAAUAAGCAAAGAGCAGAAGAAGAGAAAAAGCUUAUCGAUCACAUGGAAAAAAUGGCUACGAAAAUUCAAGCUUGGUGGAGAGGUACUAUGGUCAGGCGUCGCUUAGGUCCAUAUAAACAUUUGUCGGGGCCUAGAAAAAAGAGUAUCAAGAAAUCGUUAGUAAAUAAAACGAAAAAAACCAAAAGCAAAUAGUAUAUUAUUUAAAAGUAAAAAAUAGUUAGAGAUAGGCAAUGAUUAAUUUAUCUAUUCAUCGCAUCUUCUUCCAUAGCCGUAAAAAUAAUUAUUGAAUAUUAUAAGAUUUUGAAAAUUUAAUAUGUUACCUUGAAUUUCAAUAAAACAAGUAUUAGGUAAACCCAGUUAAAUCUAAAAAUAAUAUCAACAGGUUUUGAAAAAAAAAAGAUUUAUAAAUGAUUAUUAAUUAAUCUUUUAAUUUUAUGUAUAGUCCUGCAAAUACACGGAGGUUCUUUACCUAACCUUGUAACCAAGGUUUUGAUAAUAAAAAUAAAACUGUAAAUAGGUAACAGUAACCUGUCGAAUUAUUAAAACAUAAGAAUACAACACAUUUUCAGAUUGUGUAUUACUACCCAUCCACCAGAACAAAAAAAGUAAAAGUAAAAACAAAAAAAUCUCUGUUUAAUCAAAAAUAACAGAUUUUCUCAAUUUUUUUAAAGUGUUUCCCAUCCAUAUGUGAAUUGUAAAUCUAUAUAUACUUUAAGUACCCAUAAUUUUCAGAAACUAAAAUUAUGUGCAGUACAAAAUUAAAGUAUGUAGGAGUAUUAAAUUCAAAUACUAAUGAGUACCUAAUAAUUAUUGAAAUAUGAAUUUUUGUAUUUUAGUAAUAUUACUACAAUUAAUAAUAAUUUAUGUAUCCCAACAAAAACACUACGCCAAACUCCGUGUAAAAAAACGCUCAGUAUAAAAAAAAUCCACCUCAAAAAGUUGU